UUCAGUUAGUCCGGUUGGUUGCAUUGCAUCAAGGCAUCAAGUUACAUUAUGGAGACAUCGGGAGUUUUGAUAUAUCUCAUUUUGGUCAUUGCCUCGGCUGUGGUUUAUUUGCUGAGAAGGAAUCUAAGCUAUUGGAAGAGGCUGGGUAUACCCCAUGAGGAACCAACGGCCCUGAUGGGCAAUAUGAAUGGGUUGAGGACCCAGCGGUGUAUGGGUGACAUUUUGGCCGAUUAUUAUAGGAAAUUUAAGGGCUGCGGACCCUUUGCCGGCAUUUUCAACGGCCAGAGACCCGGGGUGGUGCUGCUGGACAAACAACUAAUCAAGCAGGUCUUGAUCAAGGAUUUCACACAAUUCACCGAUCGUGGUCUGUAUUACAAUGAGAAAUCGGAUCCUUUGACUGGACAUCUGUUCUUUUUGGAUGGCGAUAAAUGGCGGAACUUGCGCAACAAGCUCUCUCCCACCUUUACCUCGGGUAAAAUGAAAUAUAUGUACCCGACAGUAGUAAAUGUGGCCGAGCGUUUUAUGGAAGUUUUGACUCAAAAGGUCCGAGAAAAUCCCAUUGUGGAUGUACGCGAUAUGCUGGGACGUUUCACCGUGGAUGUGAUCGCCAGUGUGGCCUUUGGCAUUGAAUGCAAUAGCCUGAGAAAUGCUGAGGAUAAAUUUCUGCAGCUUGGCAGGAAAUCUAUUGAAGUACAGCGCCAUAAUGCCCUGAUCAUGACAUUAAUUGAUGGGUUUCCCCGCCUAUCCAGAAUGCUGGGCAUGCGCACUUUGCCCCAGGAUGUCCAUGAGUUUUUCAUGCAGACCAUCCGGGAAACGGUGGAAUAUCGUGAGAGGAAUAAAAUCCAAAGAAGUGAUUUUCUGAAUAUUCUGAUUGAACUGAAGAAUACUGUGGAUGAUAAGUCAGGGUUGGGCGGAAUGGAGCUGGAAGAGUUGGCAGCCCAGGUAUUUGUUUUCUUUUUGGCUGGUUUUGAAACCUCCUCGUCGACCAUGGCCUAUGCCCUGUAUGAAUUGGCCCAAAAUCAGCAGAUACAGGAGAGAUUAAGGGAGGAGAUCAAUGAGGCAUUUGAGGGGGAUACAAAACCUAGCUAUGAGACCAUAAUGAAUUUGAGUUAUCUGGAUCAGGUGAUAUCGGAAACUCUACGCAAAUACCCCAUUUUACCCUUCUUAAAUCGCCAGGCCUUAAAUGACUAUGUGGUGCCUGGACACCCCAAAUUUCGAAUACCCAAGGGAACACCCAUCUUCAUACCCGUCAUGGGCAUACAACAUGAUCCGGAAUUCUAUCCCCAACCCGAUGAAUUUGAUCCGGAACGUUUUUCACCAGAUAUGGUGAAGCAACGUGAUUCCAUCGAAUGGAUGCCCUUUGGAGAUGGGCCCCGAAACUGUAUUGGCGCCCGAUUUGCCAAAAUGCAAACCCGCCUUGGCUUGGCAUGUGUUUUGAAAUAUUUUCGGGUUGUAGUUUGCUCAAAGACCCCAUUGCACUUGACAUUUCAGGCAAAGCCUUUGGUGUUGACACCACGGCAUGAUGUCUACCUGAAAUUGGAGGUUGACACAUGUUAUAAAAGCUUCUCGACUUCGGCAAACGAAGUCCAGUCCGCAACAAACCACACCGCGACUAACAUGGAAUUUACAAGCGUGCUUUUAUACCUUCUCACCGCUCUCAUUUCGGUGGCGGUGCUAUUUUUACGGCGAAAUCUGAAUUAUUGGAAGAAGCGUGGCAUCCCUCACGAUGCCCCGCACAUGUUGUUCGGCAAUAUGCAGGAUUAUCGUACCAAACGAUCGCUGAGCCAAAUUAUGGCGGAUUAUUAUAUGAAAUUCAAGGGUACCGGACCCUUUGCUGGGCUCUAUUUGGGACAACGUCCGGUGGCCCUGCUCUUGGAUAUACCCACCAUUAAGAAUGUGAUGAUCAAGGAUUUCAAUAACUUCACCGAUCGUGGCAUGUACUAUAAUGAGAAGGAGGACCCAUUGACGGGCCACCUGUUCUUCAUCGAUAGCCAUAAAUGGCGUAGCAUGAGAAAUAAGGUAUCGCCGGCCUUUACCUCGGGCAAAAUGAAGUUUAUGUAUCCCACGGUGUUGGAGGUAAUAUCGGAUUUCAUGACUGUUCUGGAUGAGCAUGUCCAAAAGGGCGCAAAUGGAGCGGUGGAUGUUCGUGAUUUGCUGGGCCGCCUGGGCACUGAGAUCAUUGGACGUGUGGCCUUUGGCAUUGAGUGUAACAGUUUGAAAAAUACCGAAGAUGAAUUCGUGCGCCUGGGACGUAAAUCCCUUGAGGUCCCGCGCCACAAUAGUUUGAUCAUGGCUUUCAUUGAUAGUUUCCCCAAGCUGGCCAGGGCCUUGGGCAUGCGCAUCCUCCCCGAAGAUGUCCAUCAAUUCUUUAUGAAAACCAUUGUGGAUACGGUGAAAUAUCGUGAGGAGAAUAAGAUUCAGCGGAAUGACUUGAAUAUUUUAAUUGAAUUGAAGAACAACAAGGAGGACAAAUCGGGUCUGGGUGGUCUGAGCUAUGAGGAGUUGGCUGCCCAGGUGUUUGUCUUCUUGGGUGGUUUUGAAACCUCCUCCUCCACGGUGACAUUUGCUCUCUUUGAGCUGGCCCAAAAUCAGGAAAUGCAGGAACGUCUACGCCAGGAGGUCAAAGAGACUUUGAAGAAAUGCGAUUCCGAACAAUUUACCUAUGAAAGUCUAUCGGAAAUGCCCUAUCUCAAUCAGGUGUUGUGUGAAUCCCUGCGCAAAUACCCCGUGGUACCAUUUCUAACACGCCAAGCCCUCAAGGACUAUGCCAUACCCGGCUACCCGAAAUACACCAUUGAGGCAGGCACAAUGGCCUUCAUACCCACUCUGGGCAUACACAACGAUCCCGAACUCUAUCCCAAUCCAGAGCAAUUUGAUCGACGUUUCUCCCCCGAAAUGACACGCAAUCGCGAAUCUGUCGAAUGGUUGGGUUUUGGUGAUGGACCACGCAAUUGCAUUGGCCUUCGAUUUGGUAAACUCCAGUCACGCCUCUCGUUGGCCAAUAUUGUUAAUCGUUAUCGUUUCACUUUGAGUUCGAAGACGAAAGUUCCGCUCGAGUUCAAACCCGAAGCACCAACUAUGUCUACGGUACAUCCGAUUUAUUUGAAUUUUGAAGAGAUUCUAUCACUUCUGCUGUUGACGGCGCUGCUUUUGAUUUUCGUCAACUACAGACGGAAAAUUGCCUUUUGGAAGCGACAAAACGUGGAUUUGCUUGGAGUUUGGUAUAUGCUGGGCAAGAGCCGGAAGCAGCAUCUAUUUGAAAUACUCGAUGAGCUGUAUCGCCAAAUGAAAGUGGAGGGGAAGCCAUGCAAGGUCAUUGAAACGGGACUCACCACCUCGGUGAUACUGCAGGAUCACACAGCCAUUACGGAGGUGCUGACAUCGAAAUUUGAGAAAUUUCCCGAACGAGGAUUCUAUGUCAAUAACCAGGAUCCAUUGAUGGCAAAUCUGGUGAGAUAUAAAUAUGAUUUGUGGAAGCCAUUGAGACGUAAAUUGGCGCCUGCCUUUACCCCAGCCAAGCUGAAGUACAUGUUUCCCACUAUGACCCAGGUGGGAGAACGUUUUGUGGAAAUUGUCUCAGACCCGCAUGGAAAAGGGCAGCUUGUCAAGGACACCGUGGAGUAUCGCGAGAAGUACAAAGUUCGGCGUAAUGAUUUUUUGGAUUUGCUGUUGGAGUGUCGGGACAACGAAGAUGAGUUCCAGUUGACCAUGGACAUGAUAGUGGGUCAUGUUUUCAUCUUCUUCAUUGGGGGUUAUGAGUCCUCAUCAACGGCCUUGUGUCAGGCCCUCUAUGAGUUGGCCAAGAUACCUGAGUUGCAGGAAAAGGCAAGGAUGGAGGUCCAGCAGGUGGUGACAUCGCAGAAAGUCAGCUUUGAAAAUUUUAAGUCUCUGAAAUAUGUCAAGCAAGUAAUUAUGGAAACUUUACGCAAAUAUCCCAUUGUCCCCGCCAUGCUGCGUCUCUGCCGCGAAUCUUGCUCCCUGAACACCAAAUCUGGUCCUUUGGAAAUACCCGAAGGAGCCACUCUUAUGUUACCCAUUUACAGCAUACACAAUGAUGAAGAUUUCUAUCCCAAUCCAAAAGAAUUUUUACCGAAGCGAUUUGAAGAGACCUCGGAAAAACAGAGGCCAACUCAUACCUUCCUGACAUUUGGUGAUGGGCCACGCAAUUGCAUUGCCUUUGGUUUUGGUGUGAUGGAGCUACUGUAUGCUCUCUCAACACCGUUGGUUAAUUUUCGAUUCACUCUGUCGGAGAAAAGUCCAAAAGUCAUAGAAUUUGAUAGAAAUACCAAAUAUAUAGCCAGUCUGAGUAGUGGGAUAUAUUUGAAAGUAGAGAAAAUUUGAAUUAAAUAAAUUAUAAAAAUAAUAAUAU